AUGGGUCUCCAGACACAACAUGCCAUGGCGUCCGGCCUCGAUUCCAGACCGACUGUGGAGGACUUUCGCGAUGAUAGUCCUUGGGUGCGACUAGCCAAGACGCAUUGGCUCGACACUGCGAAUGUUCGCAAAGUAAAGCAUGAUGUGAUCAAGAAGGAUAUAUGGGAUCCUCUGGAAGCCGAAAACUUCAGCUUCCAUUCACUCCUUAUUUUGGAAAAUUUAAACAUUCUAGAAAAGUUUCUUUGGCCAACCUACACCGAAGACGCCUCAAAUUAUCAUGUCCUACUACUAACAUUGAUUGUGGGCGUCAAACAGAGAGAGCAUUUGCCAAUAUGGGAAAUCUUCUCAGACCGACCCGACGUUUUCUCAAACCUUUUCCACCGGAUCCUUUCCAUGAGUAUAGAUCAGUCGCUCCAUACGUCUUCCCGCAUUUCUAUAAUGUCCUUCAUGAUCAGUGCCUUUCAGUCGCUCGAGAAUUCGUUAAUUCGGAAAGAAUGCGCUCCGUUAGUUUCCAUAUCUAUCUGGCAUAAUCUUCAUAGCGAGGAGGCGCGAGAACGGGUUCUUGCGAAAGCUCCAAAUCUAAAAAAGGCAUGGAGGGCAUCUACGAAGCGCUAUGAAGCGGGAGACGAAGCGACUAAGACGAGAAUGCGAUUCGAGAGGUCUUGGUUGUACACCAUGCUUCUAGAUUUCCUCCGAAGAUUGAACGGGGCCGAGAAAGACGAGAGAGAUGACCUUCGAUACUGCGAACGGUUUCUUGAAUUUCUUGUCGAUCUCGAGAGCCAGCUUCCCACGAGGCGAUACGUAAAUACUUUGCUCAAGGAUCUUCACCUCCUACCUAUCUUGAGUCUAUCUCAGCUAUAUCGCUCGGCAGAAAACGCGCUUUUCCGCGAUUUCUAUAAUCUCCUCAAACAUUUCGCUACAUUUGCAAUUAACGAUUAUACGGGGGAGGCCCUCUCAGCCCAAGCAAUGUACGAUACUCAUUGUCAUGACUUGGCGCAACUACAGAGGACCUCUAUGAAACAUUUUAGGGAAAAACUGACAAUCCUGGCUUUAUCAAAUUAUGGCUCCAUUGAACAGCGUUCCGAACUGGAGGGUCAACUAAACUCGCUGGACGAUUUAGAGCUUCAAACACUAUGCUCGCGCCUAGGAUUUCGCACGAAUUACCCUAAGCAAGCGAACGUUGCUUCCGAUCGUCAGCUUUACAUGGAGGUGCUCUUGUCGUAUUAUGAACGAACAACCUCAUUCCAAGAAGCUGCGUCUAAUCUCAGUGUUGUCCCGACGGAAGAAAGUCUGUACGACCCAUCUUUACUUCGAAAUGAGACGUACGAUGGAUCCAGACCACUCGCUAUCCCCAAGCUGAAUCUUCAGUAUCUCAGCCUCGGCGAUUUUCUUUGGCGGUCAUUCCUAUUAUACCGUGCGGAGGCUUUUUUCCAAAUCCGAAAGGACUUGGAAUCUAUCAUCAAGCGAAUGCAACCUCGAUCAAGUCAGGACGGAAAAACUUUGACAUUCGAUGGGUUUUCUCGUAUGGCCAUUCCAAUUGCAAAGCCCGCCAUAAUUGAGGUCGCUCCUCCCAAAGUUGGAUCCGAUAAGCCAGCCUUCGUGCGGGCAGAGAUUACCAUCGAGGUUGGAAGAUUGGCAGACCACAUCCGUACGGAGUGGGAUUCUCUUCGUCCUGACGAUGUUGUCUUCCUGCUCGCUGUGCAACCUGGUAAUCCAGGUAGAAUUGGAUUGAGAGAUUCCAGUGCUGCUCAGGCGCCUAGUAUUGUUCAUCUUAGGUCGGCAGACGUUGUACAAGUCCUCGAUGAAGCGGGUCGUCCAUUGCGCGACUCAACAUCUAGUCAGGCAAAUGGGUACCGAUCUCGCCCUCGCAUUAGAAGGUUACUGGUCAAUUUAGACCCUGUUGCUUUCAAAGGGGAUAAGGAUCGUAAUUUGCAAGAGAAGUCUGAUAUCUACCCGCUGAUCAAUGUGGUUGCAAGAAGGAGAGGAAGAGAGAAUAACUUCAAGUCGAUCCUCGAAACGAUGCAAAGGCUUAUCGUGUCUGAUAUUACCUUGCCACCGUGGAUCCAGGAUAUUUUCCUGGGCUAUGGAGAUCCUGCCGGAGCCCGCUUCACGGAAUUGCCUAAUCGGCUUAAGUCUGUGGACUUUAGAGAUACAUUUUUGGACUGGCAACAUCUGAUCGAGAGUUUUCCGGGCCUGACAAUUGAGCCUUCUGUCGAUGCUACAUCGAGCUUUCCCCCACCCUAUGCCCUUGAAUAUAUCGAAGAGCCCACACAACUGCCUGUAUCUGGCGCAUCGAAGAAGCGUCGGAGGGACCAAUUUGUCGAGGCGCAAGCGGCACCUAAGGCCCUUCGCGUUUCCACGUACAAGCCACCAAACCCAGGCCCAUAUCCAGUAGAUGCGCCAAAACUCAAUACUGUUCGUUUCACGCCGGCUCAAAUCGAUGCAAUUGCUUCGGGGACGCAACCGGGGCUCACGGUUAUUAUCGGGCCUCCUGGAACCGGAAAGACUGAUGUCGUCACCCAAAUUAUCAACAAUAUUUAUCAUAAUUUCCCCAACGAACGCACACUCCUUGUUGCACACAGCAAUCAGGCCUUAAAUCAACUUUUCCGAAAAAUUGUUUCGUUGGAUAUCGAUGAGCGUCAUCUACUGCGCCUCGGUCAUGGCGAAGAAGAAUUAGAUACAGAGUCCAGUUAUAGUAAGUAUGGCCGCGUUGAGUCGUUCCUCGACAAUCGGAACUAUUUUCUCGCGGAGGUCACACGCUUGGCAGUUUCGAUUGGAGCGCAAGGUGCACACGGAAAUUCCUGCGAGACUGCCGGCUACUUCAAUACAGUCUACGUCAAACCAGCAUGGGCGAAGUACUGGGAUUCUGCUCGUGCCGAGAAUGCAUCAACCGAAGAAAUCAUCGCAACCUUCCCAUUCCAUGAGUAUUUCUCCAACGCUCCGGCGCCAGUGUUCGAUCCUUCUGCUCCGAAGAAGACACUGAUUGAUGUGGCAGAGGGCUGCCAGCGCCACAUUGACAAGAUUUUUUCUGAGCUAGAAGACAUCCGCCCGUUCGAGAUUUUGAGACAGCCCAAGGACAAGGCCAACUAUCUGCUUGUCAAAGAAGCGAGGAUCAUCGCAAUGACAAGUACGCACGCGGCCAUGCGACGCCAGGAGAUUGCGGGUCUUGGGUUCCAUUACGAUAAUGUUGUUAUGGAAGAAGCUGCACAAGUUACUGAAGUUGAAAGUUUUGUCCCCGCUGCCUUGCAAAAUAUGAAAGAAGGUCAACUGCCUCUGAAAAGAGUCGUUCUAUGCGGAGACCACCUUCAAAAUUCCCCGAUCAUCCAAAAUAUGGCCUUCCGACAAUAUGCCCAUUUCGAACAAAGUCUUUUCCUUCGCUUAGUUCGGCUAGGGGUCCCAACUAUCACUUUGGACCAACAGGGUCGUGCCAGACCAAGCAUCGCAGAACUUUUCCGAUGGCGGUACCAAAACCUCGGGAAUCUGCCCAUCGUUGAAGAAGCGCAGGAGUUCAAACAGGCAAAUGCAGGUUUCAAGUUUGAAUACCAGUUCAUCAAUGUUCCAGACUACCAAGGUUCUGGAGAACGCGAGCCGACUCCUCAUUUCAUCCAAAACCUUGGGGAAGCAGAGUAUGCGGUUGCCAUUUUUCAAUUCAUGCGACUUCUUGGAUAUCCCGCAUCAAAAAUCUCGAUUCUUGCAACCUAUGCGGGUCAAACGGCACUAAUCAAGGAUGUCUUAAAUCAUCGGUGUGCUAAGAACACACUAUUUGGCAUGCCCAAAAUCGUCACGACGGUAGACAGGUACCAAGGCGAGCAAAAUGAUUAUGUCAUUCUUUCCCUUACGCGCACUCGCACCGUUGGAUAUCUCCGUGACGUACGCCGCCUAACGGUGGCACUUUCGCGUGCCCGCCUAGGUUUAUAUGUUCUUGGCCGCCGUGAAGUUUUUGAGUCGUGCUACGAACUAAAGCCCGCCUUUGACUUGUUGCUACAACGUCCAGAUAAACUCAUACUCGCCCCUGGAGAGAUGUUCCCUGCCACUCGGACAUUGGAUGACGAUGUUCAAGGGAGCCCUAUGGAAGGCGUGGAGCAUCUCGGGCAGUAUGUGUUCGAGAUGACCCAAGCCAAAAUCAAGGCCAUGGGUGAACAGGACGCAGUUGUCGAUGAGACGAUGCCGGAUGAGGAGGGUGACCUUGUUGCAGAAGAUGGAGAUGAAGUUAUGCUUGGGGCAGGUGAAGAAGGGGAGGAAGAUCCAUUGCAUGAACAUGUAUACACUUGA